AUGCAACCCGGUCUUUGCAGUAACCCAACUCAUACUGUUGCUUCACCCCCAGUCUCAUCAUCUGAUUCGCCCCACGACGCCUCAGGUUCUGAACAGUCUGAUAAUCACUAUCAACCUCCUCCGCAACGCCAAGGACAAAACACAACGGCCAAACGUGGCGGUCAUACUGGCUCUUGCGGUGGUGGACGCAAGAUACCUAGAAAAGAUCAAGGACCCGAGGAAGAUACCAACAUCACACUCCCCAAACCAUCUGCCAUGUCAGAGGACAAACUAGGCAAUCGAGUCAAUUGUCCAACCAUAGACAACUACCGGCAACUAGGGCUCCAAUGGGGACUACCGCACGCGGAGCACAUACUAUCCAAGAUGACCCUUCCUAAAAACAACAGGCCUUCUUCCACAGGACUCUUUGAAGCUCAAGCAUUGCAAUCAAUGUACCAGUUGGAUAAGACAAUGCUUUGUAUUGUGCUUAAAUGUAGCUGUCACAUACUUGACGAGGCUUUAUUGGAAGGGCCGCUCGCGCGUGAACCCAACAUGUACACAAACUAUCAAACCUACAGUGUCGUGGCCACCCAAACAAAGAUGCCUUCAAAGGGGGUAUCAGAAGGGUUCAACAAACGUAAUGUUAUUGUAGGGAAUACCUGGUCCUCUUACACAGAAGAAGAACAACAGGUUUUCAGUCCAAAAUUAUUUGAACGGCUGUGUGUAGCAACCAGCAAAGCGCAUGCACUCACCCAAACACCCCAUGGAAUACCGAGCAUAGCAAAUGGAGACACCAUGGCCACUCCUUCCCCUGAAGACAUACCCAACAAAUCCGAUCUCCAACCACUCAGUGAGGAAGAGCUUGUAUACUACAUUCCUCUCUUCAAGUGCCUUGUCAACUUGGGAAAAGUCUUGGGAGAUUUGCGUGAAGGAUGGCUAUGGAGGCACAGCACCAAGUCUCGUAUUCGGACUCGUGAGCAGCUAAUGCAGCUCGAGAUCAAUAAGGUUGCCCAUCAAAUGCCAGUGCACCUACGCCCCAAACAAGACAAGCCGAAUCCUCUGUCAGACGCCGGAAUCCGCCAAGCAGCGAAACACACCGAGCUCACCCAAGCGCUCAACAGUUUGAUUGACCCAUUCCUCUGUGGUGGUCACCAAGGAAUGGGUGAUGCGCAUCCCAAAAUGGCAAAUCUGAAAGAAGCAUUCCACAAAAAAACAUACCAAGGCAAUGUCCAGCUCAUGUUUGAUUGCAUGCCUGAAAGCCUGGUCACCGAUUCCAUGAUCGCCAAGGGGGCUAGCAGGUUAUCCAACAAUUAA